ACCAACUUGAAAGUUUCCUCGGAGAAUGAUCUCGAGAUGUUUUGGUCUCUUCAGAACUCUGUGGUGUCUCCUGCUGUAUCGCAGGCAUGGGUAGAAAAGCAGGGGAUUUAGGAAUCAUCACGGUAGAUGUCAAGGGCGUCGAGACGCAUGAAACGCUGAUAGGGUAGACGGAGACAUAGCAUUGGAAAGCCCAUCACGAGUUUGCGAACGAAUGGAUGGAGGAGGGAGAGGAGGGAGUGCACUGGAAUGGGCACUUGCAGCAGGUGACGGUGGUCCUGUUGUUACUGGUGUGGGUGGCAGCGAGUUCUCAGACGGCAUAGUGCCGGGAGAAAUACCAGGCGUAGGUGGAGGCGUGACUGGUAAAUGUGGGAAUCCUCAACAGGUGAAUGAAGCGGGGCAGGAGAGCUUGAUAAUGGGAUCUCGUCACGAGCACCGUAUUCUCUACUGGCGUGUUCGCAUCGGAACUGCUAGCGUCAGUAAUAAACGAGGCAAUCUCGUCAUCCUUCGGAGUGGGUCGAUUGACGGAAGGCUGUGUACUGCUCUCCUGCAGGCUAGGGGGAGGAACUCGUCGCUUGGAAGCAUCGGAAGGCUGGACAUCCAUACUUUGGUAUCCGAUCUCCGCAUUACGCUGAAACGCUUCACUAAUCGGCCCAGCAUGCUGCUGCGUUUGUCCUUCUUGUCUAUGAGUGAAGAAGGGAUGGACGCGGAUGGACCGACGGUGGAACCACGUUUCAAUAGUCCAUACUACCAAUGAAUCGUUGCCGGAUCAAUAGACAGGUGAACAGCUG